UUGGAACAGAAGUGAGAAUAUUUGGAAGCCGAUAUCGAUGCACGUUAUUGUGAACCAUGCCCUCCUGAGGACAUUACUUUGGGUAAACAAUCAUUCUUCUCUUUUGUUGCGAUGCGUGAUGUAGAGUUGAGGGCAAGUCACAGUAGUGUUUUGUCUGCUACAUACAGCGCGGCCGACCGAGCGAAGUUAAGUAUACAUUUUGGCGCCAGCCAAUCGGAGACGCCUUUAGAAGUAAAGACGCAUUGUUAUUUUGCAUAAUCUGCACGCAUAUCAUAAUCCACGAAAUUAGUAUAAGUAACAAUCCAGGUAUGUACAAAAGUGUACUCAGCUAUGUACAUAGAACAACAACUAAUACAUGUAAAUUGCAGCCUGGCGAUAACCGAGGAGCUGUCAGUUCGAAACGUAAACAGCUAUACAAAAUGGAUGUUGAAACCACUUGAAAAAGCUCGAAGUAAAAGACCUGCGUCAACUUUCGCAUACAUUGAUCCUGGUGUCAAAUUCCAUGCCAGCUCUACCCGACUCGAGGGAUAGAGAGUAACGCUGUGUCAUCAUGUCACCAUGUCAAUCAUAAUACCGAGGCCAUUUUAUAUCUAAAGUCAAAGGUGUCGUUUUAUCGCACGAAAUGCAAUAGGGUUGGCGCGCUCUAGGCGCCUAUAUAUUGGAGCGUGCACUGCCACUAAACAUCAUACACUCUUUUUAUGUACCUUGUCUGUUCUCGUAUAGUGUAAAAACAUCACUGAGUCUUCGGGUUGGUUUUAUGCGUAUUUUGGGGUGCCAAAAUCGGACUAAAUCUUUCCCAAGUCGUCAACGGUUUCGACAGUGGAAACAUGUCUCUUCUUUAUAAUAUGUUGUGGUAUCUAGACCUGCGCACAGUGUUGCUGUGUGUGGUUGUCCUUCUGGUUCUUCGCUGGUUCUUGGGGCGACCUAAGAACCUCCCUCCUGGCCCCUGGGGAUUCCCACUUAUCGGUUCCGUUCUGGCCAUUCAUCGUGAGAUGCGACGAGGCGUGGAACCCCACGAUCUCUUCAUGAGGUAUGCUGCGAAGUACGGGCCCGUGUUUCGUCUGAAGAUCUUCAACAAGACUGUAGUCGUCCUCAAUGACUACACCUCCGUGAAGGAAGCUUUCCAACAUCCUCAGCUGAACGACAGGCCUGACAAUCUUUUAAAUGAGCUCUUGAAAAGUGAAGGCGUAGCAUUUGCCUCUGGUGAAAAAUGGGUCGAGCUUCGUCGCUUCUGCCUGACCGUCCUCAGGAGCUUCGGAGUGGGCAAAACGAGCUUCGAAGAGAAGAUCGGCACCGAAGCUGAGGAACUGAUGAAGGAGAUGUCUGCUUUAAACGGGAAGCCCUUUGACCCCAAACCACUGCUCAUCAACGCAGUAUCCAACGUCAUCUGCUCUGUCAUUUUCGGGAAGCGCUAUGAAUACGCAGACGGAGAGUUCAAGAAUCUUCUGUCUAUGUUGGGAGAAAAUGCCAAGUUGUUUGGAUCUGGCGGUGCAAUGAUUUUCUUCCCAGCCCUGCGCCAUCUGCCAUUCAUGUCGGCUAACAAGUUGGAAUCGAAUGUUAAGGCUAUAGAACUAUUCCUAACAAGUAUAAUCGACAACCAUCGUGCUGUCUUCGAUCUCGACAAUUUGGACGAUUUCAUCGAUGUAUACCUGAUGGAACUUAGGAACAACCAAGCGAAUGACAAGGCCGGUGCCAAACAUGGUCAUCUUACCGAGCACACUUUUACUGGAACCAUAACAAAUCUCUUCGCGGCUGGUUCUGAGACCACGGCCACAACGCUCCAUUGGGCCCUCCUGUACAUGGCUGUCUACCCCGAUAUCCAACAGCGAGUCCAGGCAGAGAUCGACGCCGUGGUCGGUCGCAAUCGGCUGCCCAGGAUGGCCGACAAACCGGAACUGAACUUUACCCGAGCGGUCAUCUGGGAGGUUCAACGCAUGACAAUUGUCGCUCCUUUGGGUAUUCCGCAUGCUGCUGCCUCAGACACCCAGUUCCAUGGCUUCAUGAUUCCCAAGGGUUCACUCCUUGUCCCCAACUUGUGGGCGGUGGCCCGUGACCUCAAAGUAUGGUCCGAUCGCGAUCAGUUCCGACCCGAGAGAUUCCUUAACGACAAGGGAGAGGCAGUUCAGGCUGAGGAGUUGAUACCGUUUAGCGUUGGUCGUCGGAGCUGCAUCGGUGAGCACCUGGCUAAGAUGGAGUUGUUUGUCUUCUUCAGCUUCUUCUUGCAUCAGUUUACCUUCAAGAAACCAGACGACGCACCCCCACCAGCUUUGAAGGGAAGAGGUGGUUUAACCAACUCACCAAGGGUGUUUAACAUCUGUGCCAUGAAGCGCGAGUAACUAUAAUAGGGAGAUGAUGGUGGUUCCACUAUCUCCUUUCUGCCUAUGUCCAAUUAAUCUUGUCUUCUAAAUAGCUGCAAACUUCAAAAGCCAUGCCUGAAUCUUAGGAAAGUCACCCAGACAAAUCAUGUACUCUUUUUAUAAUUGUGCUAUACUUCCACGGUAGUCCUUUUGUCCACCACUCCAUUCUAGAAAUUAAAAGAACUACCACAUUCUGUUGUAGAGUUGGGAUGAUUUGUUUCACUAUCAAUCAGUGUCAAGUGCUUGUCAGUGAAAUCAUUCCUAAAUGACAUAGACUUUAAAAUUAUAGGCCUACUACAAUCACCAAUGCGUCUAAUUCGUUCCUUCUGAGUGGUUCUCCAAUACUACACAGUCUGCUUGUGUAUAAAACACCCAGGCAGAUUUGACAGAGAAAAAAACGGAGACUAGAGUGUAGAGUGACUAGAGUGCCUAGAGUGAUUCGACGCGUACAGUUAAACAAAACAUACACAAACGUGCUCCUUCUGUAAUUUUCAGAAAUGAAUGGAUUUGGGGGAUUAGUAUUUCAUA